CACAGUAUUAUCUUCCCCCGAGCACCGCAUACUGCCCUUUGAUUGGCUGAUCGCACUUAGUAAGCCACUCCGAGGCCUACGGGAGACAGUGUUUGGGGCUGACAGGGAGAGGAAAGAGGACUGUCGCUCGUUGCUUGUGUUUUAUUUUAUUAUUUGAGAGAGGCGGCCCAGGUGGGGUCAGUUCACCAUGGGCUCCAUAUUCCGGAGUGAGGAGAUGGCCCUGUGCCAGCUGUUCCUCUCCAGUGAGGCGGCCUACAACUGUGUGUCCGAGAUUGGUGAGGUCGGCCUGGUGCAAUUCAGAGACCUCAAUCCUGAUGUGAAUGCCUUCCAACGCAAGUUUGUCCACGAGGUGCGGCGGUGUGAUGAGAUGGACCGGAAGCUUAGGUACCUGGAGAAGGAGAUACUGAAGGACAAGCUGCAGAUCAUUGACACUGGAGAGAACCCUGCCGCACCUCAGCCCAGGGAGAUGAUUGACCUGGAGGCCACGUUUGAGAAGCUGGAGAAUGAGCUGCGUGAGGUGAAUGCCAAUGCCGAGACCCUCAAGAAGAACUCCCUGGAGCUGACGGAGCUGAAGCACGUCCUGGCCACCACCCAGCUCUUCUUCCAAGAGCAGGAGGCACAAACUUCCCUCACUAUUGAACAGAGGGACUCAGAGCCCAACAGCAGCAUCACCCAGAACCUGCUGCCUGCCGAGGAGGGGAAAGGACCUGUGCAGCUUGGGUUCGUGUGUGGCGUCACCAACCGGGAGCGCAUGCCCAUGUUUGAGCGCAUGCUGUGGCGUGUGUGUCGUGGCAAUGUGUUCGUCCGCCAGUCUGAAGUGCAGCAGCCCCUGGAGGACCCCGUCACGGGGGAGGAGGUGUUCAAGACUGUCUUCAUCAUCUUCUUCCAAGGUGAGCAGCUCAAGACCAAGGUGAAGAAGAUCUGUGAGGGUUGCCGCACCACCAUGUACCCAUGCCCCGAGUCUGCCCAGGAGAGGAAGGAGAUGGGCCAGGGUGUGGAGGGGCGCCUGGCUGACCUGCGCACGGUGCUGAACCAGACUACUGACCACCGCCACCGUGUGCUAGCAGCUGCUGCCAAGCACCUGAGGACCUGGUUCAUCAAGGUGAAGAAGAUGAAGGCCAUCUACCACACCCUCAACAUGCUCAACCUGGAUGUGACAAAUAAGUGCCUCAUUGCCGAGUGCUGGAUCCCCACGGUGGACAUGGGUUCCAUCCGGGCUGCCCUGCGCAAAGGAACGGAGCGUGCUGGCAGCUCAGUGGAGCCGAUCAUUAACCAGAUGCACACUCACAUGAUGCCGCCGACCUUCCACCGCACCAACAAGUUCACCAUUGGCUUCCAGAACCUGAUUGACUCAUACGGCAUUGCCACCUACCGCGAAGUGAACCCGGCCCUGUACACCACCACCACCUUCCCAUUCCUGUUUGCUGUCAUGUUUGGUGAUGCUGGCCACGCCAUGAUCAUGCUGCUGUUCUCGGGCUGGAUGGUGCUGCGGGAGAGACAACUCAUUGCCUCCAAGAUGAGUGGUGAGAUCUGGAACAUCUUCUUCAGUGGACGUUACAUCCUGCUGCUGAUGAGUCUCUUCUCCAUCUACACUGGAAUUAUCUACAACGACAUCUUCUCCAAGUCCUUCAAUAUCUUUGGGUCAUCAUGGCACAUUGGAGACAACGCCAACGCUACGGAGGCAAACUUGCAGGCCUGGGGGGAGCUGACUCUGGACCCCUACUACCGCGACUUGUACUCUGGCAAACCCUAUCCUGUUGGCUUUGACCCGAUAUGGCAGAUUGCGGUGAACAAGAUUGCCUUCCAGAAUUCCUACAAGAUGAAAAUUUCCAUCAUCAUUGGUGUUUUUCACAUGAUCUUCGGUAUCAUGGUUUCCCUCGCCAACCAUCUGUUCUUCCGGCGUUAUUGGAACAUUGUGUGUGAGUUCAUCCCCCAAAUGGUCUUCCUGGUGAGCCUGUUUGGGUACCUGUGCUUCAUGGUGUUCUUCAAGUGGGUGUCCUUUGGCUGUGGUGAGGAGUUUGACGCGCAGCACAACUCUGAUUGUGCCCCGUCUGUCCUCAUCUACUUCAUCAACAUGGUGCUGCUCAAGAAAGACGAGCCGCCUGGAGACUGUGAUGCGUUUAUGUACAAUGGUCAGUUCAUUGUGCAGUUGAUACUGCUGGUGAUAGCACUGCUGUGUGUGCCCAUCUUGCUGAUCCCCAAGCCCUUCAUUGCCCGGUACCAAUACUACCAGCGCAUGAGGCGGCAGGCAGUGUCUCAGCAGCUACUGGAGACUCAGGGAGCAGGAACAUCAGUGCCAGUCCAUGAGGAGGAGUUUGAGUUCAGUGAGGUGUUCAUUGAGCAAGCCAUUCACACCAUCGAGUUUGUGCUGGGCUGCGUCUCCCAUACAGCCUCCUACCUCCGACUGUGGGCGCUGUCCUUGGCGCACGGGCAGCUGUCAGAGGUGCUGUGGAACAUGGUGAUGAAGAUUGGUCUGCAGCAGGGGUCCACAGUUGGUUGUGUGAUGCUGUACGUUAUUUUCUCCUUCUGGGCGGUCCUCACUGUGAGCAUCCUGGUGCUGAUGGAGGGACUGUCUGCCUUCCUUCACACCCUGCGUCUCCACUGGGUGGAGUUCCAGUCCAAGUUCUAUAAGGGUGAGGGAUACGCCUUUGCGCCGCUCACCUUCAAGCACAUCAUCAACGGGGACGACGAAGAGACAGGAUAGACACGCUGCCUGUGCCUCAACACCUCUCACCAUUAUUCUUGCCAGGAUGAAACUUUAAAAUUUCUCGUAGUUGUGCAAACAAAUGUCUUUGGUUGACCUGCAAAGAUUGUGUAAUGUAAUAGUGGUUGUGUAAGUAAAUUAUGUAGAGUAUAUUAUCUAUUUUGUGUCAGAUUUAUUUUAAUUACAUACAUUUUAAGUUAAACAUUUAAAUUUAUAUUUUGCUUUUACAUAAAAAAUCUUCUUGUAUCAAUGUCAAUUAAACCCACAUGUAAAAGGAAUAGGCAAGACUAUAUUAAUUUAUACACUGUACCAAAUUUAGAAUAUUCUCAAAAUUAUAUAAGAUGUAAUGAUUUAUGUACUGUACAAUAUUUAAAAAAAACUCAGAAUUCUAUAAAGUUUCAUAAUAUGGAAGCUAAUCUUCAAUAUACAUAUAUGUAUAUAUCCAGACAUACUUUUAAUGUGUACCCUCCUGAGCCCUGCCAGGGAGAGCAUGUGUGUCUGUGUGACAUGUUGGUGCUACAGUAACUGUUGUGAGUCAGUGUUUGGGAGGACCCAUCUGUGUCACCCUGGAAGUGUCAGUCUGUCCCCCAAGCCAACCUUUGUCUGCAGUCUUGUCAGUUGUUAUGUAAGAAAUUAAGACCAAGAUUAUAAUGGUUAGUGGAAGAAGCCUAAAAGUGGCAGUCCUUUUGUCUUCACGUAUCAUUCCUCUCCUGAAAGGCAAGUGUUGAAUCUAUGAGUAAUAUGAUGGAAUACUCCAGUUAUCUGCCAUCCUGUUUGAGAACCAGUUAAACAAGUUUCUUCCUGUCUCCUGUUUGAGUUUCAACUUCAAGACUGAACUCUACUUGUAUUCAUCCCACCAUUAUUACUAACCAUAGAGGCAGUCUAUAUCUCCCUUGUUGAAAUUAAAAUCCUUAUAUCACUGAACCACCACCAUCAGAUUCUUUUGUACUCAAUUUAUAUCAGUAUAGGUAAGGUCAGAUUGUGCAAAACAAUGCCUGAUGUGAAUGGCAUUGCCGUGAUCCUUUGCAAUACAUUUUUACAAUAUGGGAGGUGGUAUUACAGUUACAAAGAACAUGUGGUGACUGAGGUUUCCAGGGGAGCACAGAUGGAUCUUGCUCUCCCUCUCGCUCUCUUUAAGAUUGUGUCUGUCUAACUGACCGUGAGCUUACCAGUAUUACAGAUCAGAGUGAGAAACUGUUGUGAACAAAUGUCAAGGAGGGUUGUAGUAUCUGAUAUAACAUUUUGGGAAUUAAAGGUAAUUCAUUAACA